AUGAUUCGUGGCGACCAAUUCAUCCCGAUCCAUGCGAUGGUUGCUGAACUGGGAUCCGAGAGUGCCAUGUUUGUUUGCUACUCGUCACUUUCGCCCUCGCUGCCCCAUCAGCUGUCGGCUCGAAUACAUUGGCUGAUCGCGAUCAAAGGUGCCGGCACUUUUCCUGCUCAGAUAUGUAAGAAUCAUCUUCGGGCAUUGUUGGCGAUGUUUCAAGCGGAAAGUGAAACCACAGGAGCCAAAUAUCAGUCACUGAUGGCUGGCCAUGAACUGAUUACCAAGGACAACGUGCAAAAUCUUUUGGACCAAAUGGAUCGUUGUGAAAGCCUCAAAACCAUACAACGAUUAUUUGAUGAUGGACAAUAUGACAAGGUUAUAAAUAUCAUCGUUGAUAAUUUUAGUUGGAAAGAUGUGGAUCGAAAUAUGCUUCUCACCACAGCAUUAACCUUGGUCGAUUCGUACAUCGAGUUGAGCGAUAUGGAUAACGCAACUUUAUGGAUUAGCAGAGUGUUGGAUUUCACGAAAGGACUUGCUGGAACGGAUAAAGUGGUCGAAAGGCUGAGACGAAUCGUUGUUAUCGAAAAUGUCGCUUUGGAAAAUGUUUCCAAUUUGGUGCACUGCAUUGUGCCGCUUCUUGUUCUCCAUGGAUAUGAAUCUGAUUCAACCUUGUGGCUUCUGCUAUAUCGCUGUGCAUGUCGCUUGGAAGGUGAGCUUACAGUGAAUUCGCUGUCCGCGCUGUACGAUGAUGGAUGUGAGAUGUACACAUCGUCUUUGAAUAUUCUUGUUACGGCGCAUGAAGCUGUUGCAAAACACGACAAAUGUCCCAGUGAUAAUGUUAGUUGGUAUUAG